UUUCCGGUGCAACGACGCCGCAGCGGAGGCGAGGCGCGUGGCGCGGCACUCCCACUCGGCAUCGCGACAGCCAUCGAGUCGCUUUGCACUCAUUCACUCCAGUCCACAGCCGACUGCCGCGGCGAUCGCACGCGGUCUCUUUAUCGACGCGCCUCAGAUGUUAGUGUACGAUUACGACAUCGCGGUACAUUUUGAACUUUUACCGUGACAGUGAAUUGGAUUGUUUCGAAAAUGGGUUAAACGCCCUCCCGAACGUAAUGAGUCCGGGCGAGCGCGCCGCCCUAGGGCGCCGCGAACCCGCUCGCCCUCAGUAUGCCAACACAGCUCCGGGUUUCCCGCCACCCUACUAUCCGCCCUAUGGUGUGCCGCACCCGAGUGCGUGGCUCGGCGCCCCUCUCAUAUCGAUGGCCGGUCGUGCACCAGCACAAUCCCGGAAUACACCUGUUUCGAAGUUGGCUAUGCAAGCGCAGGGAGCACCACUAAUUAUACAAAACAGAAAAAAGUUCAACAUCGGAUUCGAUCAACGCAACCAGCGGACACAACAAGGCCAUACAGAAAAUGUGCAACGAGACAGGUGUGAACUUACUGACGGAAACAGGGCGCGAAACCAGCAACAGCAAACGCGUUCUGCGCGAGGCGGACGUAACAACAACACGGAUGCGGUCAGUAUCGCGAGCGAUGAAAGUUCCGGCUCCGCUAACUCAGAAACCAUGCUACCCAGGAUAAUAAAACCAAGAAAACGACGUAAAAAGGAUAGGAAGCCGAACAACAUCGUACCGCACGAUUUAACGACUACUUUAGAUCUCGGCGAAGUUGAUCAUUGUGCGGUUUCAAGCAUAGGGACGCACGGCAUUUAUGAUGAAACUUAUUGUCGCGAUAUGUCUUUACCGUAUCGCUUAGAUGUCAAAGUACUGGAGUAUCCGGAACCGGCACCGACCCCGUAUCGAGUAACAGCACUCGGAGAGGCAUUAGAAGCCACUCGUUUUGGUAUAACCGAGGCUGUUUCACCAGCAGAAUCCGCAGUUAGUUCGUGUCAGUGUCGGCUUUGCGACCCCGUUGGACAAAUUUGGGAUGCAGAUUCCAUUGCUGAUCUACUAGAUGAAAAUUCUAGUGGUGAUUUCACACCUACAAAGCUCGAAGAUUCUAUGAAAGUAGUCGGACCACUAGGACGACGAGGUGCUGAUACAACGUUGCGAAGAAGUUGGAGCGAUCCGUCAUCUCGGGUCCCUGAAAGACGUGACAUCGGCAACAGCGAUAAUUAUUCAGCACCUAAUUUGUAUUCGUUAUUCCCACCGGCCAGACAAGCCAGUUCACCAGAACCUCGAUCACCUUUGGCGCUGGAAAUAUCUUCGGAAAUUGUUACGUCCAUGAAUGGUCACCGCGACUUGGAAAUAAAGCUAUUCUCGACCUCGCCCCCGGCUAUGAACUCCGACCGACGCUCCUUUUUCGCAGAUAAAAGUGAAAGUGCCGUGAACAGAUGUACAGUCGAGCGCUACGAUUUCAAAGUGAACAGUGCUGUGAAUAACGAAUUCGAUUCAUGUGUCAAAGUUGAUAAGCAAAAGAGUGAUGUGUCAGACGAGGGUUGUUCAGUGGCACUGAUGAACGGCAAACCCUCACGCAACAUUUGUGAUCUAAACUUAGUUUCUGUGUGAGGCGUUUGUCGUCGUUGUAGAACGUUUGUGUCGUCUUUGUAGGCUGCUAGACUCAUAAUUCAUUUGAGCUGGACUCAAAUUGUCACAGCGAGGCAUACACGGAGCGUCUCAACGAGACCUGAAAAUUGAGCUUCGAGAUCUCCGAAUCGGUUUCCUGUAGAUUCUACAAUUAAUUUAUUGUUAACCUAGCGUAGGAAACUAUGGGGAACUUUAUCUGGAAACACAGUGUGUCCUUUUUUUUAUAAUUCGCCGCUUAUCACGAUGCCUUCGACUUUCAUGUUAGCCAUUAGAAAAUAAACUUUUAAAACGUCGUAUUAGUUAUAAACGUACAGUUAUAACUCGCGACGAGUAAUAUACCAGUGUAGGUAGGUCACCACGACGUCUCGACUCGACUAGUUAUUUUCGAAGCCGCACAUAAUGUCAAUGUAAAAAAACACAGUCAUGAUUGCUUGUAUUAUAAAUCAAUUUGUAUCGUAAGAGGGAUGAAUGUGCCGUAAUAAUUCGCGGUGUGCAAUUAGCGUUUCAUACUACUGACACGGUUCUCGCGGUGUGGCGCGUUCGCUAUUGCGGUUUCCCGCGGUUUUCACCGCGCGCGUCGUUCCGGGUGGCGCCUCCAGCGAGCGCGCAUCUCUUUACCGCUAAUCGCUUUUUCUCCACACUCGUUGCCAAGCUCUCUCCGGCCAUUAUGUUUAACAGCCUUAUUGAGAAGUAAACGGCAAUUAAAACUGCUCACAUUCACGUCUCUCAUCGCUGUUGAUGUCUCUACGAAAUUUUCAUUCGUCUCUGGUUGUUCAGAAAUUAUAUAGAACAGACAAGGCUGUAUGGGCUUAGAUCCCCUUGCCUUUCGUAAUAAGGAAAAAUUGUAACAAAAAAAACGUCUCUUGGUUAGUUAAAGCUGUAAUUUUCAUUUAAAAUGAUUGAACGCGGCUUGUAUUCUGCCGAGUAGUUGUGAUCAGUUUAAUACAUUACGAACCGCUUCUCAUUGUCAAUGCGGUCACAACGAAUUCUACAACUACAUUUAUUUGACCAGCAUUCGUCAAAAAAACAACAUUCAAUUUUGGACAUCAAGUAAUCUGGUUCAAUACCAGACCUAGUAAUCGUUUAUUGAAUUUAAAUUUUCCUUAUCAACUUACGUUAAAAUUAUUUUAGGUCACCAAAUUUAUACCGUGACGAUGGGUUUUUGGAAGUAAAAAACCUGUCAUUGAAUGCUUUUCGUUGCUUCAUUGUCGAGUUCGGGAUACCAAAAUAAAUUCCCUCUUUAGAGCAUCUUGAAUAACGCAUGUUUUCAGUCGAUACACCAAAAAUUACAUACAUUUUUGAACUCGGCUGUUUCUUUGUUACGAAUAGUUAUCGAGACCUCUUUCACUAUACUUAUUUUAAUUCAGAUCUCACAGUCAACUCUAAAAAAAUGUUCAUAUUUUACGUUAGUUUCAUUGCGAUACAGUUUUCGUGGGAUCACUGAGUUUUAUGAGGCUCCAUAGAGUAUUCUUCCCCCGAAAGUGUGUCGCAAAAUUCAUUGAUAAAUGGCGAAUUGGGUACUGUUCCUUUUUCUUAUGCGGUAUAAUAUGUUUCUUGGUAUUUAUUUCCAAUUGUGGGUCCAAAGGCAUAGUACGUAUACAAUACCAGAUAAAGUUCCGCGAUGUAGAUAAUGUGAAUAUAACGAUAGUAAUACGACUGCAGUGUAACAGUCUCCAUCGUUGGGUUUUACAUUCUACUAUUGUUUCUACGGUUUAAUGUAUUACUUUUUUUGGUUUCUUGUUGUGUUUGCUUAUGUUACUGGGCGCGUGCGUGGGACGAUGUGAUAAAUCGACUCUCGCUUCAUUUUUUCUUUACGACAGGCUCCGCGUACGCUAGAAGUUAUCACGGCAGGCGUAUCUACAUUAAGUCACUUUUUAAAUGGACACCGCACCGCAUUGCAGCGAUAUCGGGUCAUCAAUCCGUUGCAAGUCAAUCGUAACUUGCCUUUUCGAUGCCUCCAAUGAACACUACUCUAACUCAAAAUUUUGAAAUUUUCGUUUUUCACGCAAAUCGUUUCACUAUGUGUUCACUAUGUGUAAAAGUAUUACAAUUAAUCAUUAUUGAUGGGGUUCGAAGCAAGAGUAAAUCAGCUAGUUACACAAAAAACCAUAAAUAUAUCUGCAAUAAUAAAGAUUUAUCAGCUUUUUUCGUUUAAACGCUCCUCCUGUAAAUCUACGAAUUUAGAGUUAGCGUAGUGUUCAUUGGAGGCAUCGUUUUGGAGUUGGGUCUCCUUCGUGUAAUAAGUACUUUUAAUCAAAUAAAAGGAAGGUGACGAUAGCUUUUAAAAAUAGUAAAGUUCUUAUAAACAGAAUUGUAUUGUAUGGCGGUAGCAUAUUGAAAAUGUCAUGUUGACGUGGAUUUAGAAAAACGUAAAUUUAAUCUAGAAACGUCGAGACUUUCCGUAUCGGAGGCUAACAAGGGGCAGGGCGCCAAACGUGGCUGUAAAACUCAACGAUAAAACAAACUUCAGUUUAAAAAAUAUAGGCUAUGUCUAACUUUAACCGAGUGAAUGCAUUUUAUACAUAAUGAUGUAGGUUCUAUAAUAAAUAUGUCUGUGAAUGUCGAGGCAUGAGUUUAGACGCUCGCACACUAUUUUUGUACAAUAAAAUACCAUGUCCUGAUAUGUAAAA